AAUACGUCCUCCAACAUGGGAGGGGAUAGUGAGGAGGAGGAGGAAGAGGAGGAGGAAGAGAAUGGCGCCAGACAAGGGGAGCAGGGGCCCUGGCACACAGGAGCAGGAGCAGGGGUCACAGGAGCCUCAGCAGCAGCAGCGACCAGGGCAAAGGCAAGGGCAGGGAUCGCAGGAGCAGCAAGGGCAGAAGCGACCAGAGCAGCAGCAGCAGCAGCAGCAGCAGCGACCAGGGCAGGGCCAGAGGAAGAGGCAGCGGCCAGAGCAGGAGCCAGAAGAGGUGGAUCUCUUCUUGAGGAGUUCCGCACCCUGUCUGUGA